CUGAACGCGUCCUGGGGCUGCGUGUCUGGGGCUCCCUCCUGCUGCUGGACCAGUGAGGACGGCGGCCGGGGCGCGGGGACGGUGACGGCGACAUUGUAAAUAAUAUGUAUGAGCCGGACCCGGACCUGCUGGCUGGCGAGAGCGCCGAGGACGAGACCGAGGACAGCAUCAUGUCCCCCAUCCCCAUGGGCCCGGCAUCCCCCUUCCCCACCAGCGAGGACUUCACCCCCAAGGAGGGCUCGCCCUACGAGGCCCCCGUCUACAUCCCCGAGGACAUCCCCAUCCCGCCGGACUUCGAGCUCCGCGAGUCCUCCAUCCCUGGGGCCGGCCUGGGGGUCUGGGCCAAGAAGAGGAUGGAAGUCGGGGAGAGGUUCGGCCCCUACAUGGUGGCGCCCCGGGCCACGUUGAAGGAGGCCGACUUUGGAUGGGAGCAAAUGCUGGCUGAUGCAGAAGUGUCGUCACAGGAAGGCUGCAUCCAGAAGGUCUCUGAAGACCUGGGCAGCGAGAAGUUCUGUGUGGAUGCCAGUCAGGCCGGGGCCGGCAGCUGGCUCAAGUACAUCCGCGUGGCGUGCUCCUGCGAUGACCAGAACCUCACCAUGUGUCAGAUCAACGAGCAGAUCUAUUAUAAAGUCAUUAAGGACAUUGAGCCAGGACAAGAGCUGCUGGUGCACGUGAAGGAAGGCGCCUACUCCCUGGGGACGGUGCCCCCCAGUCUGGAUGAGGAGCCCACGUUCCGCUGUGACGUGUGUGACGAGCUCUUCCAGUCCAAGCUGGACCUGCGGCGCCACAAGAAGUACGCGUGCGGCGCGGCGGGGGCCGCCCUGUACGAGGGCCUGGGCGAGGAACUCAAGCCCGAGGGCCUGGGCGGCGGCGACGGGCAGGCCCACGAGUGCAAGGACUGUGAGCGGAUGUUCCCCAGCAAGUUCAGCUUGGAGCAGCACAUGGUCGUCCACACAGAGGAGCGGGAGUACAAGUGUGACCAAUGUCCCAAGGCCUUCAACUGGAAGUCCAACCUCAUCCGCCACCAGAUGUCCCACGACAGCGGCAAGCGCUUCGAAUGUGAAAACUGCGUGAAGGUGUUCACGGACCCCAGCAACCUGCAGCGGCACAUCCGCUCCCAGCAUGUCGGCGCCCGGGCCCACGCCUGCCCAGACUGCGGGAAGACGUUCGCCACGUCCUCCGGCCUCAAGCAGCACAAACACAUCCACAGCACCGUCAAACCUUUCAUAUGUGAGGUCUGCCACAAGUCCUACACACAGUUCUCCAACCUGUGUCGCCACAAGCGGAUGCACGCCGACUGCCGCACGCAGAUCAAGUGCAAGGACUGCGGGCAGAUGUUCAGCACUACCUCCUCCCUCAACAAGCACCGGCGCUUCUGCGAGGGCAAGAACCAUUACACGCCGGGCGGCAUCUUCUCCCCGGGCCUGCCCUUGACGCCCAGUCCCAUGAUGGACAAGGCGAAGCCGCCCCCCAACCUCAACCACGCCGGCCUGGGCUUCAACGAGUACUUCCCCUCCAGGCCGCACCCAGGGAGCCUGCCCUUCUCCGCGGCCCCGCCGGCCUUCCCCGCGCUCACGCCUGGUUUCCCGGGCAUCUUCCCUCCGUCCCUGUAUCCCCGGCCGCCUUUGCUACCUCCCACGCCGCUGCUCAAGAGCCCCCUGAACCACACCCCGGAUGCCAAGCUGCCCAGCCCCAUGGGGAACCCAGCCCUGCCCCUGGUCUCCGCCGUGGCCAACAGCGGCCAGGGAGCCGCGGCGGUGGCGGGGGCCGAGGAGAAGUUUGAGGGCCGCCUGGAGGACACGUACGCCGAGAAGGUCAAGACGCGGAGCAGCGACCUGUCAGACGGCAGCGACUUUGAGGACAUCAACACCACGACCGGGACGGACCUGGACACGACCACAGGCACGGGCUCGGACCUGGACAGCGACGUGGACAGCGACCGCGACAAGGCCAAGGACAAGAGCAAGGCAGCCGAGAGCAAGCCCGAGUUUGGGGGCGGCACGGCGCCCCCCGGGGCCGCGAACAGCGUGGGCGAGGUGCCCGUCUUCUACGCCCACCACUCCUUCUUCCCGCCGCCGGAUGAGCAGCUGCUGACGGCGUCCGGGGCCGCGGGCGACUCCAUCAAGGCCAUCGCCUCCAUUGCCGAGAAGUACUUCGGCCCCGGUUUCAUGGGGCUUCAGGAGAAGAAACUGGGCGCGCUGCCGUACCACUCGGUGUUCCCCUUCCAGUUCCUGCCCAACUUCCCCCACUCCCUCUACCCCUUCGCGGACCGCACCCUGGCCCACAACCUGCUGGUCAAGACCGAGCCAAAGUCGCCCCGGGACGCCCUCAAGGCGGGCGGCCCCAGUGCCGAGUCCCCCUUCGAUCUCACCACCAAACCCAAAGAGGCGAAGCCUGUCCUGUCCGCAUCCAAGGUCGCCCCGCCCUUGGCGCCCGGCGAGGAGCAGCCCCUGGACCUGAGCAUCGGCAGCCGCGUCCGAGCCAGCCAGAACGGCGGGGGGCGGGAGCCCCGCAAGAACCACAUCUACGGCGAGCGCAAGCUGGGGGCUGGCGAGGGGCUGCCCAAGGCGUGCCCGGCACCGCUGCCCCAGCAGCCCUCCCUGCACUACGCCAAGCCGUCACCCUUUUUCAUGGACCCCAUCUACAGGGUAGAGAAGCGGAAGGUGCCAGACCCCGUGGGAGCCCUGAAAGAGAAGUACCUGCGGCCGUCCCCGCUGCUUUUCCACCCUCAGAUGUCAGCCAUUGAGAACAUGGCAGAGAAGCUGGAGAGCUUUGCGGCCAUGAAGGCGGACUCGGGCAGCUCCCUGCAGCCCCUCCCCCACCACCCCUUCAACUUCCGGUCGCCGCCCCCGACACUCUCGGACCCCAUCCUCAGGAAGGGCAAAGAGCGAUACACGUGCAGGUACUGCGGGAAGAUCUUCCCUCGAUCUGCAAACCUCACAAGACACCUGAGGACGCACACCGGGGAGCAGCCAUACAGGUGUAAGUACUGCGACCGCUCCUUCAGCAUCUCUUCCAACCUCCAGCGGCACGUCCGCAACAUCCACAACAAGGAGAAGCCCUUCAAGUGCCACCUGUGCAACCGGUGCUUCGGGCAGCAGACCAACCUGGACAGACACCUCAAGAAGCAUGAGCACGAGCACGCGCCAGUGAGCCAGCACUCUGGGGUCCUCACGAACCACCUGGGGACCAGCGCCUCCUCCCCCACCUCCGAGUCGGACACCCACGCACUUUUAGACGAGAAGGAAGACUCAUAUUUCUCUGAAAUCAGAAACUUUAUUGCCAACAGUGAGAUGAACCAAGCGUCAACGCGAACAGACAAACGGCCAGAGGUCCAGGACCUCGACGGCGCCCCGCAGUGUCCGGGCCUCGCCAGCGGGAAGCCGGAGGACGGCGAGGAGGAGGAGGAGGACGAGCUGGAGGAAGAAGACGAUGACAGCCUGGCGGGCAAGUCCCAGGACGACGCCGUGUCCCCCACGCCCGAGCCCCAGGGCGCCUAUGAGGAUGAGGAGGACGAGGAGCCGCCCGCCUCCCUGGCCGUGGGCUUCGACCAUAGCCGAAGGUGUGUUCAGCAGUCACCAGGUGGCCUCUUAGCUUUGGAGCCGAUGCCGACUUUUGGGAAGGGGCUGGACCUCCGCAGCGCAGCUGAGGCAGCGUUUGAAGUUAAAGAUGUGCUUAAUUCCACCUUAGACUCUGAGGCUUUAAAACAGACACUGUACAGGCAGGCUAAGAACCAGGCGUACGCAAUGAUGCUGUCCCUUUCUGAGGACGCUGCUCUCCACGCCCCCUCCCAGAGCCCCCUGGACGCUUGGAUGAACAGCACGGGAGCCACCCCCGAGUCCGGAGCCUUUAACCCCAUCAACCACCUCUGACGGGCCCAGGAGGCAACCUCGGGCCCCACGUCCCGACAGAAUCCCAGCUGUGGAAGAUGGAGGCGAGGGCCUCGGGGAGCUGGCGUGGCCUGGGGCCAGGACACCCCUGUCACCUGCGUUUGACCACUCCUCCGUGUCCGUCCUCCCCACCACGGAUCAGCUCUAGCUUUUCCAACAAAAACUCAGAAACCGGAAGCUCCGGGAACACUGAUCGAGUUCACCGUCUCUAAGAAUUGGUCUCAAGAACUUCAUUCCAGGAGGCACAGCUCGCGGGAACAGCCUCGCAGAAUCAGCCCGGUGGGCAAAGGCAGGAUUUUAACCCCAAGCUGAGCCUGGGCCUGGAGGGGGUGCACACACGGUGCGCUCAGAGGAGACGGCCCAAACAGUUUUUAUAAUGAGAAGGACAAGAAGAACCCUUUUGGUAAUCUUAUUGACGACAGAGUCUAUUUAAGCAUGUGGUUUUAAAAAUAGACAGUAUUUUUUAAAAAAAAAAUGAAAAAUGACUUGCAAAUUGUUUUUUAAAAGUAAUUUUGCAUUGCUUUCAAAUCUCAGUUUAUUUGCAGACCCACGCCUGCCUGGGAACCGGCCCCGUGUUGGGUGCGUUCUUUAUACUGUAGAUAAUGGAGAAAUUUUCUAUCCCUGACCCUGUUUGUAAAGCCAAGGUGAUUCUGGGUCCCCCAAGGCAGAACCGGGGGGCGAGGGCCCUCUCCUGUGAGCCGUGUCGGACUGGGCCAGUACGGUGCCCUAGGAUGCCCGAGGCCGGGACUGGGAGAUGUGCCUGUCGUUGCGUGACACGCGAUUCAUGGCUGUGGCUCCUCCUAAGGCCCCCCAAUUAUACGGGGAAGGUCGGAGUGGGGGCUCCGGUCUCCAGCGCAGAGGUGGGCCGGGCACCUGAUGUCCCUCCCCCCACGGUCUGUGCCUCGGCCACCCCUGUGCCAGCCCCACUGCCACUCUUCAGAAGGCAGGGCCUGCUCGCCACAUCCGGACGUCUAGCCCCCACCCUCACCCACCGCCGUCAGACGGACAAGGGGACGGAAGCCCCUGCCCUGCUCCGGGUGCCACGCUCCACGUGCCUGAGACCAGGACCCAGGACCCAAGUGCCACUCCCGCUCUUCGUGUGGGUUCUCGGCAGGCGGGACCGGCUCCAGGACGGAAGGGCGUCCAGACAGGACCUGGGGACCUGCCACCACGAGCCAAGACAGCACAGGCCCAUUGGGGACACGCCGCCUUCCCUGGGGACCAGUCUGCUCCUGCACUCAAUGGGCUUUAAAUUAUUCCCGUAGGGGCCAAGUUCAAAUAAUUUUUUUUCCCUGAUGGAAUUUACCUUAAUCUGUAUAUAACUUGUAAUUUUUUCUAAUUCAUUUCUUUUCUUAUUUUAUUUCUUCCUUAACAGUAUUUUUGGCAUUAGACAUUCUUAUUGUGAAGAAAUGAUGUUAAUAUAAGUAUCUAGUGAAGGACCAAAACCGUGUGAUAAGGUUGUGUGUUGUGUGACCGAUAACCAGGGAGCGGCGACUUGUGCCAAAUACCCCCUGCGCCUCCCCCCGCCCAUCCUGCUGUCACUGCUGCCCGCUUUCCAGACAAUCAUGUGUUUUUGUUAAAUUUUGAGUUUCAGUUGCAUUUACGACAAGUGUUCUAUUUAUUUCUUUUAUUGUUUGGAAGAAAAAAGUAAUAAUCUCCCAACGAGAGGGGAAAAAAUCGCCCAAGUUGCCCUUAAAAAAGAGUGUGAAUCAAACUGAUAUGGAUGGCGUCUCGGGGUGAACGUGUCCUCAGCCUGGCCCGGGGCGGCGGGAAGUGUCCAAGCAGCCAGUCCCACGUGCGCAUCCCGCGGCUCGGGUCACAGUCGUCAGCGUGGGCGCCAGGGCAUCCAGCCUCGCCCUAGAGACCCACGUGGGGAGGCCCCUGAGGGCGCCCCCAGCCGCGGACCCCAGUGGAAGGGCUUCAGCCCCUUUCUCAAAUCCACAUGAGGCGCAAGACUGAGAGCAGCCCUGGCACGUGCUAAGGCCGCUUACACGUGUGCAGGCUGGACUGUCACCCCCGGGGCCUCGUCCAGAAGGAUUUGCAAACCUAACCGUUCACACCUGCCCUCAGCCAGGCCCACCGGCACGGCUAGGGAUGUCCACAUCCCCUUGAUCUAAGUGGGAUCCCUUUGAAAAGUCAACCUCAGAUCCAAACCCCCGUUUCUGUAAACCCAAAUUAUAAGAUUUCUUCUGCUAAAAAAUAAGGCGUCUGCUUUUUUUUGCUAUAUGACUCUCUCUACCUAAAAUGGGCACCUAAGUGGCUGUUUCCGGCCGUUGCAGGGCAGACGAGGGCUGCCCUUGCUGUCCCCUCGGGUCGCUCUGUUGACUGUCACAUUCUGUCAUUGUCGGCCGAUCCUCCUAAGCGUUAUCGCUUCUCUGUCCUUCUUUUCUUCCAACCCCUCCUCCCCCAGAAGCCCCAGUUGCACAUUUUAAGGCCUAUAUUUUUGUCCCCCUGAAAACGAUUUAGAGAAGCCCAGUUUCUCCUAAACAUUCAGCCUCUCGGGCCUGAGCACUUGGCAGGUUUAGGGGAGUCUGUCCUUGGACGCUGAGCUUAGCGUGCCCCAGACCACAGCAAGGCACCCUCCCUGGUCCUUCUCGGCCCCUGGGCUCCAGCACCAGCCCGGCCUGGCUCACGCAGGCCCAGCGUCUUUGACGCUGAUGCCACCAAGUGCUAGGAGACCCCUGGGGGCCAGGGAACCUGGGCCUGGCGAGAGACUUCCGAGAUCCCAGGCUCAGAGCACGAAUGCAGCAGGGCAGCUGGCUGGCUGGCUGACCGCUAUGACCAUGGGUCCCACUGUAACCCACGGGCCCCACUGUGCCAGGUUUGCCCAGGCCCGGGGCAAACCUCAGGUGCUUCCCUCAUUUGACACCCCCAAAUGGAAAUUCAAAGCAGGCCUCCCCGCACUUCCGUCUGCCGCUCAGACAUGCUCCCCGCACUGCUGCUCUCAUUCCUGGGGCCGUCGGGCAGGACACAUGGGCUGCUGAUCCUUUGGACAGCCAGACCCUUCAUGAGUGGUACCCAGAGCCCCCCCCAUUCAAACCCAGAGGCACACAUUCCUGCAGCCAGCCUGGCACCCUGGAGCGGAGGUGUGUGGAUGGGGUGCGCCUGAGAGACCGCCCAGCCACGUGGCCACCCCUGUGCAGGGACGGGGCUGCAGCCUGCCUGCCCAGUCCCUGGCUGGCACAGCAGCUCCAUGGCCCCAGAGCCCGGCCCUCUGUCCUAGCUGCUUCCUCUGAGCAUUCGCAAAGCACUUGCCGAAAUACAUAUCACGUAUGUUAGCCUCGAAGCCUUGAAGCACUGGAUCGUGGCCCCCCUGCCCCUGUCCCCAUCCCCCUGCCCAAGUGACUGAAAUCUACUGAGCUGUAUUCACUGUGUUGUCCGGAGGGGGGGCGGUGCCACAGGAGAGCGCACCCCUGCACUGCCACCCGGAGGGACGGACAGACGGGAAGCCGGGCACCUCUCCCCCAUCCCAGCUGGGGGAUACGAGGACACAGCUGCUCCUGGUCAGUGGAGGUCAGCCGGGUAUCAAAAGCCAUGAAACUGUGUCUGUAGCAAUGAGUGAUACUGUGACUAAGACAUUCUUGCGUUAUUCCAAGGACGUUCCUUUACUCCUUCAUUCCAGUUUUCCUGUUGUAUUCCUUUCUGGCUCGGAUUUGCAUUACCACUUUUGGAAGAAAAAAAAAAAAAAGAACAAAAUGAAAAGGCAGCUUGAGUUCCCAACUGUGCAAUUCACUUCUGAACAAAGCAAUUCGGAAGGUUUUCCUCAGCGCAUUUCGCGGCACCAGUGUCCUCUUCAAGACGAGGGGGCCCGAGCCCCCGCUGUCAGGAUAUGUCCUUUAAAGCUCACGGCCGUGAACACGCCAGCAAGACCCCAAACCGGUGCAUCACGUCAUCCUUUUGCCAUUGUUACCUUACAGAUUGGGUUUAGUUUUUUUGGUUUUUUUUGUUUUCCUUUUAGAACUGUAUAGUGUUGAAAAGAAAUCAAAUGUAAAUGUCUGGUUUUCAUAUAAUGUUUUAAAAAAAAAACCAUUGAGAGGGAGGCUGGUGUUUGUCCCAUGUCCCCUGAUUGUAAAUUGCUUCUGUUAUCAGUAAACUGUGCAUGACUCGUGUUUAGCAGUCAUUACCGUGUCUGUUCGUGAAAUUUUUAUGGAAAGGAAAACUCCGUAGAUGCACUUAUUACACAUGUGAUUAGGGUCUAUGUCCUCAAGACCAGGAGUCCUGAGCUUCCAGCACAAAGGAGAUGCAGCUCUUAAUUCAUGUGGAAAUCGCGGUGGGAGCAGAAUGACAGACAGACACGGCGUGUGGGAAGUCACUGGGAGAGCGUCCCCACGGAUUUCAUUUCGAUGCUUGUGACGAGUACUUGUGUAGAGAAACGUCUUCGAGGUGAAGCCCAGGCAGAGCUGAUUUUGAGGUCAAUGCGGUAGACUAGGACUGUGUACCAAAUGUAAUCUUUCCGAUGCUACAAUGAAUUUAUACAUGAGAUUGAUAUGCAAUAAA